GACGAAUGCCUGAGCGCCUCUUGCCAGGGCCGCUGCGUGAACACGGAGGGCGGCUUUGUGUGUGAGUGUGGGCCUGGCAUGCAGCUGUCUGCGGACCGCCACAGCUGCCAAGACACUGAUGAAUGCCUAGGGUUCCCCUGCCAGCAGAGAUGCAAGAACAGCUUCGGCAGCUACAGGUGUUCCUGUCGGACUGGCUUCCACCUCCAUGGCAACCGGCACUCCUGUGUAGAUGUAAACGAAUGUCGGAGGCCGCUAGAGAGGCGCGUCUGUCACCAUUCCUGCCAUAACACGGUGGGCAGCUUCCUGUGCACCUGCCGGCCCGGCUUCAGGCUCCGAGCGGACCGCGUGUCCUGUGAAGCUCUCCCAAAGGCCGCGCUGGCCCCAUCCGCCAUCCUGCAGCCCCUGCAGCACCCGCCCAAGAUGCUGCUGCUGCUCCCGGAGGCCGGCCAGCCAGCCCUCUCCCCAGGACACAGCCCCCCGCCUGGGGCUCCAGGACCCCCGAUCGGAGUCAGGACCACCCGCCUGCCGCCUCCCACCCCUGCACCAGCCCCGUCCUCCCCGUCUGCUCCAGUGCUGCUGCGGCCCACCCCUGUGUCCAGCGCCCCCCUGGUAGGGACCCUCGGACCCCCCUCACACCUCCAGGAGGCGGUGGUGACCCCCUCCCGGCCCCGGGGUCCCGCAGCCACUCAGCCACCACUGGCGCCCACCGCGUGCUGGCGCCAGGGGGCCAUGUACCCGGCGGGCAGCCGCUGGACGGAGCCCGGGUGUUCCCAGUGCCAGUGUGAGGACGGGGACGUGACCUGUGAAAAGGUGCCGUGUGAAGCCGCCUGUUCCCACCCGAUUCCCCCUGGAGGCGGGGACUGUUGCCCGACAUGUACAGGCUGUUUUCACGGUGGCGUCACCCACGCCGAAGGGGACGUGUUCUCGCUGCCCGAGGAGAACUGCACGGUCUGUGUGUGCCUGGCUGGAAACGUGUCCUGCAUGUCCCCUGAGUGUCCUCCCGGGCCCUGCCACAGCUCUCCGCCAUCGCAUUGCUGUACUUGUGUUCCCAUGCGGUGUUACUUCCACGGCCGAUGGUACGCAGACGGGGCUGUGCUGAGUGCCGAUGAGUGCACCACCUGUGUCUGCCAGAAUGGGGAGGUGGAGUGCUCCUUCACGCCGUGUCCGGAGCUGGACUGUCCCCGGGAGGAGUGGUGGCUGGGUCCUGGACAGUGCUGCUUCACCUGCCGGGACCCCAUGCCCACGACAGGCUGCUCUCUCGAUGACAACGGGGUUGAGUUUCCGAUCGGACAGAUCUGGUCUCCUGGUGAUCCCUGUGAGUUAUGCAUCUGCCAGGCAGACGGCUCAGUGAACUGCCAGAGGACGGACUGUGUGGACUCCUGCCCUCACCCGAUUCGGAUCCCUGGACAGUGCUGCCCAGACUGUUCAGCAGGCUGCACAUACACAGGCAGAAUCUUCUACAACAAUGAGACCUUCCCGUCCGUGCUGGAUCCGUGUCUGAGCUGCAUCUGCCUGCUGGGCACAGUGGCCUGCUCGCCCGUGGACUGCCCCAUCACCUGCACCUACCCUUUCCACCCCGACGAGGAGUGCUGCCCCGUGUGCCGAGACUGCAACUACGAGGGCCGGAAGGUGGUGAAUGGCCAGGUGUUCACCUUGGACGACGAGCCCUGCACCCAGUGCACCUGCCAGCUGGGAGAGGUGAGCUGUGAGAGGGUCCCCUGCCACCAGGCCUGCACAGACCCCGCCGUGCGCCCGGGCGACUGCUGCUCGUCCUGCCCAGAUUCGCUGUUUCUUCUGGAAGAAAGGAGGGAGCUGUCCCCUCGCGGAGCCUCGGAGUUCAGCCAAGUGGCCCAGAGCCCCCGGGGAGACACCGAGGCCCCUGUCAACUGUAGCUCCUGCCUGGAUCCCCCCACAGGGGCGCCUCAGAGGCCGGCUCUCCAGCUCUUCCAGCUCCUGUUCGGAGGGAACCUGACCCGGGCGCACACUUUCACCACGAGCCCCUCAGGAGCCCAGGCCUCUCCCCCAGCCCCUUUGGGGCCAGGAGACACGCUCCCUGGGGCGCACGGCACCUCCCGCCCCCCUCGCCCCUCCCCAGGGCCUUCGGUCCCUGCAGGAGCCUCCUCUCUGCCUCCAGCUUCCCCCGGGGCUCCUGGAACAACUCCUGGUACACCAGAACCGGCCCCCUCGGCCUCCGGGGCCCAGGAGGCACCUGGACAGCCUUCUCUGCCUGCCACCGCCCCGACGGAAGCUCCCACCUUUUCCUCCACAAUUCCCAGCCCCUCUGAGAACCCCACCACCUUCCUGAGGCCUCCUAGACUCUCUCCCACCGUCUCCAGGCUCUCGUUGGCCCUCGCAGGCCCGGCCAGCCCACAGGAACCUCCCACAGGGUCCUUGAUGGAGGAGGAGGCCGCUGAGUAA